UUCUGGAGGUUAAUCUAUGAGUUAAACCUCGAGCCACAUUUACUGUAGCCUACAUUAGACAACAAUGUGUUCAGUUGAGUCUUUGAGAGAGUUUGUCAACGAGCGACUAACUGCUGCUGCUGAAGAAAUAUUGGGAGUUUUUAAAAGAAGCAUCGUCGAGUACGAGGAAGAGAUCGAUCGUCAGCGCAGACUGUUGGAUAUCGUUUUGAAGCCUGAAAUAAAGUUACACAGGACAGAGCUCCCACAGCAACAUGUGUGUAAGGAGGAGGAGGUUGUCCCUGAGCAGCAGCUCUGUAUUGAGGAGAGGAAGUCCAGUGUGGACCAAGAGGAGCCAGAGCCUCCACAGAUUAAAGAGGAAGAGGAGGAAGUGUGCAGCAGUCAGGAGGGAGAGCAGCUUGUAGUGAAGCAGGAGACUGAUGGCUUCAUGUUGACUCCUGCUGAUGAGGAAAGUGAGCAGAGUGAAGAUCAGACUCUGGACUUCAUUCAUGAUGACACUCAAAGUGCAGCAGAGAAAGAGUCUGUUGUCAUUAUACCAGUUAUAAGCUCUGUGAUACCAACCAGUGAGCACCAGCUGCUCUGUCACAACUCUGAUGUAGCUGAGAGCCAAGAUGAGGAAGAAUACCAGCAUGGAGACUCAGGAUCAACUAGAAACACAGAGCUUCAAGCAGAGAAAAGACAUCAUGAAAGUGAAAUGAACAGUAACAGUCCACACACCUCUGCUGUGAUAAACUUAAAUACAGGUAAAAAGCCUUUAAAAUGUGACAUAUGUGGGAAAGGUUUUGAGCGCAAGUCAAAAUUGCAGAGACACCUGAACAGCCACACAGGUGAGAAGCCGUUUUCUUGCAAAACAUGUGGGAAAAGCUACAGUGACACAUCAGCAUUGAGCACUCAUAUAAGAACCCACACAGGUGAGAAGCCGUUUUCUUGCAAAACAUGCGGGAAAAGAUUCAGUCAGAAGUCAGGAUUGGAAAGGCACAUGACAAUCCACACAGGUGAGAAGCCGUUUUCUUGCAAAACAUGUGGGAAAAGAUUCAGUGACACAUCAGCAUUGAGCGCUCAUAUAAGAACCCACACAGGUGAUAAGCCCUACCUUUGCAAGACCUGCGGGACAAGAUUCAGUCAGAAGUCAGGACUGGAAAGGCACAUGACAAUCCACACAGGUGAGAAACCGUAUACAUGUAAAGUAUGUGGGAGAGCUUUCGGACGUAAUGAUGUCUUGUUAGGCCACAUGAGGACUCAUUCAGGGGAGAAGCCGUAUACUUGUAAAGUAUGUGGGAGAGCUUUCAGACGUAAUGGUGACUUGAAAGUCCACAUGAGAAUCCACACAGGUGAGAGGCCAUGCCUUUGCAAGACCUGCGGGAAAAGAUUCAGGGAUGUGUCCACAUUGACAAAGCACAUGAGAGUCCACACAGGAGAGAAGCUGUAUACAUGCAAAACGCGUGGGAGAGGUUUUACAGGGAAACAUUGCCUGAUUAGCCACAUGAGAAACCACACAGGUGAGAAGCCGUAUACUUGUAAAGUUUGUGGGAGAGCUUUCAGACGUAAUGCUGACUUGUUAGGCCACAUGAGGACUCAUUCAGGGGAGAAGCCGUAUACUUGUAAAGUUUGUGGGAGAGCUUUCGGACGUAGUGAUGUCUUGUUAGUCCACAUGAGGACUCAUUCAGGGGAGAAGCCGUAUACUUGCAAAACAUGUGGGAUACAUUUCAGAUUUAGCAGUAACUUGACAUUCCACAUGAGAACUCACACAGGUGUAAAGGUGCAUCACUUGAGCACAGAGGUUCCAGUUGAAGUCACACAUAUACAGGAGAGAGACUGUUUACAUGCAAAACAUGUGGCAGAGCUUUCAGAGGCCUGUUCCAUAAAGCAUGCUAAGAAAAGUGGGGAGUGAAGUCCAAAUCCUGAAUUUUUAUUGAAAUUGCAGGUCUGGAAAAGUUAAACUAGUGAGAU